AUGCUCAACCUCGACGGUGGUAUUGACAUGAAGGCUUACAUGGGUCUAUACACGGCCGUUCAUAAUUUCUGCACAUCACAAAAAGCCGUUUCAACUGGUCAAGGACUUCAGCAAGGACAACGCGGGGGUGUGUCUCCCCCAACCGUCGGAUCUUCGACUACCCAAUAUGGACUUGGACUAACCUGGAUGCAAGCCCACCUAUUGGGCGAGGAACUUUACAAAUUACUCGGCGAAUACCUUUCACGCCAUCUCAGCGACGUCUUCGAUAAAUCACAGACUCACACGGAAGAGGGCCUACUCGGAUUCUACAUUCGCGAAUGGGAACGCUACACGACCGCCGCCAAAUACGUCAACCAUAUCUUUAAGUACCUCAACCGCCACUGGGUCAAGCGCGAAAUCGACGAGGGAAAGAAGAACGUCUACGAUGUCUACACCUUACAUCUUGUCAGAUGGAAAGAUGACUUCUUUGAGAACGUGCAUGAGAAGGUUAUGGAUGCCGUCCUUAGCUUGAUUGAGAAGCAAAGAAAUGGAGAGACCAUCGAACAAUCUCAAAUCAAGUCUAUCGUUGACUCCUUCGUGUCUCUGGGCCUCGAUGAAAACGACAGCUCCAAGUCAACCCUGGAUGUCUAUCGCAAAUACUUCCAGGACCCGUUCAUUGACGCCACCAAGGUUUAUUACGAAAACGAGUCGCGCCAGUUCGUGGCGGAAAACAGUGUGGUGGAAUACAUGAAGAAGGCCGAGGCUCGUUUGGAUGAAGAGAAGGCUCGUGUCGGUCUCUACCUGCACCCGGAUGUCACCAAGGGCCUUACCGAUACCUGCCUGGCUGUUCUUGUCACUGCUCACUCCACUCUGCUUCGCGACGAGUUCCAGGUCUUGUUGGAUAACGAACGGCAGGAAGAUCUUGCCCGUAUGUACCGCCUUCUUUCCCGCAUCAAGGACGGUCUGGACCCCUUGCGUACGACAUUCGAGAACCAUGUGAGACGCGCUGGUUUGGCCGCUGUCGAGAAGGUCGCUGCGGACGGUGAGAACUUUGAGCCUAAGCUGUACGUCGAUGCUCUUUUGCAGGUCCACACACGGUAUCAGAACCUUGUCGACGAUGCGUUCAACGGCGAAUCCGAAUUUGUGCGAUCUUUGGACAACGCCUGUCGAGAGUUUGUCAACCGCAACCGUAUUUGCAAGACCAGCUCAUCCAAGUCCCCCGAAUUACUGGCCAAAUACACGGAUUCAUUGCUCAAGAAGGGAUCAAAGUCAGCCGAAGAGUCGGAACUGGAGGAAAUGCUGGUGCAGAUUAUGACCGUUUUCAAGUACAUUGAAGACAAGGAUGUUUUCCAGAAGUUCUACUCCAAAAACCUGGCAAAGCGCCUGGUACACGUCAGCUCUGUUUCCGAUGAUGCUGAAACAAGCAUGAUCAGCAAGCUGAAGGAGGCAUGUGGAUUUGAAUACACCAACAAGCUCCAGCGAAUGUUCCAAGACAUGCAAAUCUCUAAAGAUCUGAACAACAACUACAAGGAUUGGCAAGACAAGGUCCUUGAUGACGAUGACAGAAAGCGCAUGGCGGACGCUCACUUCCAGAUUCUGGGAACUGGUUUCUGGCCCCUCAACGCCCCCACCACCCCCUUCCUUGCGCCCCCCGAGAUCGUUAAGACAGCCGAGCGUUUCCAGAAGUUCUACUUUGACAAGCACAAUGGUCGCAAACUGACAUGGCUAUGGCAGCUCUGCAAGGGAGAAAUCAAGGCGAACUACAUCAAAAACGCCAAGGUGCCUUACACUUUCCAGGUAUCGACAUACCAAAUGGGAAUUCUCCUGCUUUUCAAUGAAACCGACACUCUCACUUACUCCGACAUUGAGAAGGCCACCACUUUGACUAAUGAAAUUCUUGACCCCAACCUUAGCAUCUUGCUCAAGGCGAAGGUUCUCAUUGCCAACCCCGAGGGCGCCAAACCCGAGCCUUCCACCACCUUCACUUUGAACUACAACUUCAAAAACAAGAAGGUCAAGGUCAACCUCAACAUUCAGAUCAAAUCUGAGCAAAAGGUCGAGGCAGAUGAUACACACAAGACGAUAGAAGAGGAUCGGAAGCUUCUGCUUCAGUCUGCCAUUGUGCGCAUCAUGAAGUCGCGCAAGAAGAUGAAGCACGUUCAGCUUGUGCAGGAGGUCAUCCAGCAAGUCAAGUCUCGCUUCCCGCCCAAGAUCCCUGAUAUCAAAAAGAACAUCGAAGCGCUCAUGGAGAAGGACUACAUCGAGCGAAUGGACGGUGACGAAAUCUCCUACAUUGCAUGA